AUGAGGCUCUCAGUAUCGUUUUUGCUCGCUUCUUCCUCUGCUCAGAGCUGUGAUGAUUUCACUUUAGGCCAGAGAUGUCAGUCCGCUUGCAAUGGAGAUUUUUACAGAUGCCAGGAUUCAUGUGAUAACGGCGAUUUCACAUGCGUAACUCGCUGCGAAGCUGAAUCACUUGACUGCCAAUCUGCCUGUCCCUGUGGCGCGAACUGCCCUCAGGGAUGUUCUACCAGCGAAACCUGCGGGGGGAACAAGUUCUGCUCCUACACGAGCAUUAUGGUUCUCAAUCCAAAGCAACAUUUCCGCGACCAGGCUUUGGCUAUCAAUACACUUGAUGAUAGUGUUUCCGAAGUUGUCUUUGACUACAAAUUUCUCGAUCUUGAAGAUGCAUGCUCCGUGAUUUUCCGAGGAGAAAGCUACUUUCUUGGAGGCUAUCAGAGAACGCGCCAAGUUGCGAAAAUUGGAGGAGAGGGAUGCGAAGUCGAAGUAUUGGAUGACCGUCUCUCAGUUGACCAUCAAGACGGCGUUUUCGGCUCUUGCAGUGUUUUUGAUGACCAAGUCGCUCUCUGCUUCGCCGUUGAAAACGAAGAGUCCAAGACUUGCUUUGCUUGGGAACCUGGAAUGAGGCAGACUCAACUCCCAACUGCUAAUGAAAGUCAUGACUGGGCGGAAAUGGUCAAUUUCAGAGGAUCUCUUUUUACGAAAUAUUCAUGGUUUUUCAACCAAGAGGAAACCAUUUCUGAUCCCGAAAUAAGAUGCCACGGUAAAAGCGAGAUUCUUGACGUUGGAUCAAAGAAAUGGACAAAUGGUACUGACUUCCCCAUCUCUCCUCUUCGCGGGCACAUGAUGACUGCUGACGACCAAUUCGUUUACGUCCUCGCUGGGAAGACAAUUGGAGGAGGUGCCGCUCUCAUCCCAAGCGCGUACAAAUACGACGUUUCAUCUGGAAUCUGGAGCGAAAUCGGCAGUCUUAUUCAACGCUCAAGCUGGCUCAAUUCAGUCACUCAAUUUAAUUCGUCCUGGUACGCUGGCUAUUGCGCCUUGGAAAAGGCGACGUUAGACGAAAACGGAAUGAUCGACUCUGAAAUCAUUCUUCCUGACAAUAACAACUGUUACAUGGAACUGUACUAUGCCACUUUUGUAGAAAUUCCUGCUGGGAAAUGCCAGGCUUAA